AUCGAACAUCGAGCGAAAACCAAAACCUCAGGCUUUUGCUUGCUUGCUUAGCUUUGAGGUACUAAAAACAUAUCCUAUAAAUAAAGGACAUCCAUUCCUCAAAACUUUUAUUAACCACACACACACAUCCCAAAGUCUCACAACCAAGAAAAUACACCUCUAUUACAUUAUUACACACACACACACACCUUUAAUAUAACUUUUUGUCAUAACUCGUCACAAAAAAACACAACUCAUUAUGAAGAAGAGUACUAGUACUAGCAACAAUAUUCUUUUCUUCAUACACCCACACAUAUUUCUACUACUACUACUACUACUCCUAUGUCAAUGGUGGAGUUUCGCUUCCGCCGCGGCUGCUGCUCCUAGCAGCCAGGGCGGAAGCUGGAACGUGCUACUGUCAGACAUUGGAAUUUCCGCCAUGCACAUGCAACUUCUCAAUAACGACAGGGUCGUCAUGUUUGAUCGUACUGAUUUUGGCAUGUCUAACAUCUCGUUACCUGAUGGAAAAUGUAGGUACGAUCAGAAUGACACUACGUUGAAAGUCGACUGUACUGCUCACUCCGUAGAAUACAACGUUGCUAGCAACUCGAUACGUCCCCUCAUGGUCCAAACCGAUGUUUGGUGCUCCUCGGGUUCCGUGUUCCCCGACGGUUCGUUAGUUCAAACCGGUGGAUUCAACGAUGGUGAUAAAGUCGUAAGAGUUUAUAAGCCUUGUAGUAAUUCAACUACUAAUAGUACGUGUGAUUGGGAAGAAAUACAAGGUGGAUUAAUUCAACGACGAUGGUAUUCGACCAAUCAUAUUUUGCCAGAUGGCAGACAAAUUAUUAUUGGUGGUCGUAGGGCUUUUAAUUAUGAAUUUUAUCCCAAGAGUGCAUCGGCAAAUAAUUCAUAUAGUUUGCCUUUUCUUGUGAAAACAAAUGAUCCAAAUAAAAUAGAGAAUAAUUUAUACCCUUUUGUCUUCCUUAACGUGGAUGGUAAUUUAUUCAUUUUCGCGAAUAAUCGAGCUAUAUUAUUCGAUUAUAUGAAAAAUGUAGUAUUAAAAAAUUACCCAGAAAUACCAGGUGGUGAUCCGAGAAAUUAUCCGAGCACUGGUUCAGCCAUUCUUUUACCGUUGAAGAAUUUACAAGCACAAGAAAUUCAAGCUGAAGUGCUGGUUUGUGGUGGAGCCCCGAAAGGUUCGUACACUAGUGCUCUAAAUGGUAAUUUUUCGGGUGCAUUGAGUACUUGCGGGCGAAUCACUAUAACCGACCCGAAUCCACAAUGGAUUAUGGAGACCAUGCCAUUGGCUAGGACAAUGGGUGAUAUGGUAAUUUUACCCAAUGGGAAUGUCUUGAUCAUUAAUGGAGCCGCCACGGGUACAGCUGGAUGGGAAUGUGGUCGGGACCCAGUUUUAAAACCCGUGAUUUAUCGACCCGAUAACCCGUUUGACUCUCGAUUCGAGAUACAAAAUCCAAGUACCAUACCCAGGAUGUACCAUUCAACUGCAGUUUUACUCAGAGAUGGUCGAGUUCUUGUUGGGGGUAGUAAUCCACAUAUAUAUUACAAUUUCACCGGAGUUUUUUUCCCAACCGAGUUAAGUUUGGAGGCAUUUUCACCGCCUUAUUUGGAUUCGGUAUCUGAGUACUUACGUCCACAAAUCACCUCUCCUGCUUCGCAACAUGCAAUCGGGUAUGGGCAACGAGUGCCCAUACGAUUUAAGGUUGCGGGGCGAGUGGAUAUAAAUUUGGUCACGGUAACAAUGGUUGCACCUGGAUUUAACACACAUUCAUUUACGAUGAAUCAAAGAUUAUUGGUGUUAGUAAGUGAAAACGUGAAAUUAAUUGGGAAAAAUGCCUAUCAAAUCAAUGUGGUCACUCCAAAUAAUGCUAAAUUAGCUCCACCUGGUUAUUAUCUUUUAUUUGUGGUUCAUCAAGAUAUACCAAGUGAAGGAAUUUGGGUCAAAAUUCAGUGAACAUAUUUUUAUAUUUUUAUUUUUAUUUUUUGUCUUUUUUUCUUCUUUCUUUCUUCCUACACACAUAUAGGAAAUUAAAAAACAUUAAAAAAUUUCUUUAUAGGUUAUUAUUUUUAUAUUUAUGUUGGUUAUAACAUUUUUUUUUUCUUUUUGGGACAUGGUGUAAUUGUAAUUUGUAAGGAUAUUCAUAGGUCUUGAUUGUUAUGAUUUAAUGAAAAUAUUAAUUACAAUUUUUACGAUAGAGGUGGAUCAAAUCGAAAUAAAUAAGAUGGAAUUGUUUGAUUCA